UGCUGCUUUACGCGGACAGACAGCUGGCUGUGGUUCUGCUGUUCUGUCUGAGGAAAGAUUGGGUUCGUGUAAAAUGUUUGGUAUCAUUUGAUCAACCGGAUCCUCUCUGGGCUGCUGUCCGGAUCAGGUUUGCUGCUCAGACUGCAGUGACGUAGGAAAUCAAACUUUUUAUUCCAGCUUGGGUUUAUUUUCUUUCAUAUUCAGCUGAUUAGAUGAUGGCGAACCCUCUGAGGGCUGAGGUGGUUCGACUCUACAAGAACCUCCUCUACCUCGGCCGGGAAUACCCCAAAGGUGGUGAUUACUUCAGGGACCGGCUUAGAGCGGCGUUCACCAAGAACAAGUCUGUGGAGGACCCGGAGCAGAUCAAGGCCAUGAUCGCCAGGGGGGAGUACGUGGUGCGGGAGCUGGAGGCGCUCUACUACCUGAGGAAGUACAGAGCGAUGAAGAAGCGUUACUACGAGGAGUAAAAACGCUCUGGAGAGACUCGAACCCAAGAAAAUGAAACAUUUUAUUUGUUGUAAAAAACAAAAAACGGAACAAACAGCAGGAGCUUCAGCAUCAAACAUGGAAGAAAUAAAAACGUCCAAAACAA